UUGGGACCGCAAGCCUGUUGGGGGAUAAUUUGAUCUCUCUCUUAAAUUAAACAUAAAACUGAAGAAUUCCAACUCCGUAUCUCUCUCAAAUGUUAUGAUGUUUAGAGAAGCAAAACUUGUGGCGUUAGCGCUCUUCCACACUUUCUUGCUUGCAAUUUGUGCUGCUAAUGGAAACCAGACUUGCAGACCCUCUUCUUGUGGAGAGAUUCAAAACAUCAGCGACCCUUUCCGAUUGAAAGGUGAUCCAUCUGGGUGUGGUGAUCCUGACUAUGAAUUGGUCUGCGAAAACAAUCGUACUAUGGUCAACCUCACCCUUGGGAAAUACUAUGUUGCUGAUAUCAACCUCGCCCUUGGGAAAUACUAUGUUGCUGAUAUCAACUACGAUCACUAUACCAUUCGGGUAGUGGAUCCUGGGGUAGUGGAUCCUGGGGUCGAAAAGGGCAACUGUUUCUCAACUCCUCUCUAUUCCUUGUCAUAUUACAGCUUUGAUUCAAAUUAUUAUUGGGUACCGGGAGUGACCAAUACAACGGUUUUGAUGAACUGCGAGCAGCCAAUAAGUGAUGGCAACUAUAUUCCUAUCACUCCUUGCAACAGAAGCAAUGUGACUUCAUCUUCCUCACAAGCAUAUGUUUAUGCACUAGUCGGAGAUUUCUACAUGGAGGUGGGAGAGAUUAAGUAUUCAUGCACCAUCCUCAGGACGGCAAUUCUUGAAGCACGGCAAUCUUUCAAUGUCAGAUUUGCAAGAAGUGCUGCUUCUGGGGCUUGAUCUUUCAUUUUUGAGCUUCCGCUGCAAAAGCGAAUGCUACGUGAAAGGGCUAAACUGCCAGCAGAAUUAUAGAAAUUAUACCGUACAGUGCACCAAACCUCGGAACUUUCUGACAUGGUUCUUUCUCUAUAUCAGUGAGACUUUGGGAGUUUACUUUUAUUAUCUUUCAUGUUCAUUUUUACUUCUAUUAUCUUUCUCAUGUUAAAUUCAAUUUAUGUUGUUUUUCUGUUA